AUGGACGGCUUCGACGCACGUAUCGCGUUCUUGGAACGGCUAAAAAGACUAACGCCAUUGUUCCAAACGUUACAAAAGGCGGCACACUUUGCCAUAUGCAAUCGUGUGCACUAUGAAGAUUUAUUCUCAUGUAUGAAAGAAACGUUGGAUGAGGGCUCGAUGAAUUGUCGAGUAAAUAUAUUAUAUGUGCUGGAUUACAUACUCGAGUAUUCCCGUAACAAGCAGUUCGCGGGAUACUUCGAGUUAGUAGAAGAAUAUUUACCGAAUUUAGUAGAUAAAGUGGUUCCUUACGAACCAAGAGGAAGAAUAAACAUAAAUCACAUGAAAAAGCUCCUCCAAGUAUGGAAAAAGAAAGAAUAUUUCUCGAAAGCUGCUUUGGACGCUGCUGAGGAGGCCUUGGAAAGACGAAAGAAAUGUGAUGAUAUUGGGAAAGCACGGUUUAAUCCACAAGAGAUACAAAAGCGAAUCGAAGAAGACCGGGAGAGGCAUAAACGGUUGCGAGAACACACUUGGAUUCUUCCCUCGACUUCAGAAGCAUCAACACAGGAAUUCGAUAAAUUCUGGGAAGAUACUUCUGAUCUGAGCGACGAUGAUUACAAAAAAAUUCUAAGGGAAAAUAAAAUAUUUGAUCCGAGAUAUCCGUGGCGAGAAGACAUGAAAUCGAUAACAAAACGCAAGAAAGCACUCGCUGAAAACGAGAUUAGCGAACUCGCUGGGGAAGUAAUUGAAGCUUUAGAACACGGAGAAGAGAAGAUUAUCUGUGUAGUGCCGAUAAAGGUAAUUAUGAAGUCGGAGCAAAGCGUUUCAGAUGAAAAAAUUCAUUGGGAAACGAAAAAGGAAGGAAUUGAUAGCGGGAAUUACUCUCUUGGCGAUGGGAGCGCUAGUCUCGAAACUAAAGAACAGGAAUUGGACAAUGCGCAAAUGAAAAUAGAAGCUGAAAUUCCAGCCACUCAAUCUCCUAACAAUCAGUUUGGUGCUCUAGAAAUAAAAGCCGAAAUAAAAGAAGACAUUAUUAAAGAUGUAGCUGAUCUCAUCAAACAGGAAUCGAGUGAUCUUCCAGGCAACAUAGAAGUAAUCAGCAUUACUCAGUUUCCUAUCAUUGGGUCGACCGUUCCGGAAAACGUCAACAAUGACAGUUCCAAACUUACUACACAGGAAUUGGAAAGUCCUCAGACUGUCGUAGAAGCUCUACAUCCCGAAAUUACAUCUGCUAAUAGCACUAGUGCUAUUUCUCAACCAAGAAGUCCCGUAAGGGCUCGUCGUGGGCGUGGUGGUCGUAAAGCUAAUGCCGCAAGUGUUCGCGGAACUAAGCAUCUUGGAAUUAAAUUCGUUGUUCCUGAAACCAAAGAAGACGUUAAUAAUUACGGAGCCGAAUUAAACAGUCAAGAAUCGGAUAGUCGUCCGAUUAAUUUAAAAAUUGUCGUACCCAAGUCCGAAAGUCCCUCCGAUAAUAAUAAAGCUACUACCGUUUCCCGACGAGGAAGUGCUGUGGGAGCUCGUCGUGGACGUGGUAGCCGUAAGACUAACGAAGCAAGUGUUCGUGGAACUGAAGAAAUUGAAGAGCAGGUGAAUUUAGGAAAAAGGGGUAGAGAACAAGAGGAGGAAGAAGAAAUCCAGGAGGGAUUACAACAUGUUAGAGAAGAUGAAGAUGAAAAUGAAAAAGAAAAAGAGGAGGCUGUAGAAGUUGUCAAGAAAAAGAGGGGACCAAAAAAAAAGGCCCCUGGUCAGCGAAAAACUGCCAAAACGUCAACAACGACGACAAGUACUGUUACUACUACCACUACAGCGAAAAAGCGAAAGACUAUUGAUCAUGAACGGCGAGUCUUUUCCUAG